AUGCAGAUCUAUGGUACCUUCAUUGGUCAGCUGAUCCCAGCGGGAUGGUUCUUUUUCCUUCCUCCUCUCUUUCAGGCACCAGGAUUGGUUCGUCAUAUUCCGGAUAGCAACCAGGUCCACAAAGCUUGUGUCUCCGCAGCAGUCGCAUGGCAGGGCAUGGAUGUACAAGAUGCCGAUAUGGGCUGCCUUCGAUACUUGUCUAUGGCUCACCACGCGCUCGUUUUCGGUGCCUCGGGCAUCUUGGGUUGGUCUGUAGUAGACCAGAUCCUCAAGAACUACCCCGAGAAGGGAACGUUUACCAAGGUUACUGCACUAUGCAACCGGCCUUUGAGGGAAGAGAAUGCGUUCUGGCCAGUCGGAGGACCUGGAAAGCCAUCUCUACAAAUCGUGGACGGCAUCGAUUUGACCUCGGGAACCAUGGCAGAAGUGAGAGAGACACUCAAAAGUCGUAUCCCUGACAUCGAGUCCGUCACUCACAUUUAUUAUUUUGCCUAUCUAUUUGAUCCUGACUUCACAGCGGAGUCGAAGAUCAACCUCGGCAUGCUGCAGGGAGGUUUUGUGGCGGCAGAAAGUCUUGCGCCCAAGUUGCAGUAUGUGAUUCUACCCACUGGCACGAAGGGCUAUGGUAUUCAUGUUCCGAGGCGGCCAUUCGAAGCCCCUUUCACGGAAGAUAUGUCGGACGUCCCUCACCCUUGGCACGACGAGCUCUUCUACUAUGUGCUGCACAAAGAGCUUGACAGCCUCCAGCAAGGAAAGUCGUGGAAAUUUGCUGAGAUCAGGUGCGGCCCAGUUCUCGGUUUUGUCCCUCACAAAAAUCCGUACAAUCUUCCUGGGAUUUAUAUGAACUUUCUCUCCGUAUACAAGUUCCUACAGGAACAGGGACACCCGGAUGCCAAGUCUAAAGAAGUCCCCUUUCCCGCUCCGCCACCAUCCUAUAACACAUUGUUUAACGACGGUGGACAGGAUAUCUUUGCGAAAUUCAGCAUUUAUUUGUGUGUGAACCCGGAGGUUGCUGGCAAUAGUGAGCUCUACAACAUCGGAGACGCUGCUAAGCCUGUCAGCAUGGCUGAUCGUUGGCCAUACAUCUGUUCUCUUUUCGAUCUUGUAGGCGUCCCGCCCCUUGAAAAGUCAGAUCCAGCAUUCGUCCUGCCCGUCUCAUUCGUGGGUAGCCACGCCAACGCUGUGGCGGAACUCAAUAAAGCAAAGGGUUACGAGCUUCAAGAGAUUGGACUUGAUACGGGCCUCGAAGGAUGGAUGGAACACUUCACAUUCGACCACCACCUUUCCCUAGACAAAGCGAAAACUGCAGGUUUUGAGGAGGAAUUAUCAUUCCAGGACUCAUGGCGGAUUGUGUUCGACAGAUACCAUCGUGCACAUCGUUGCUAUUACGGUAACGGCAAGUAG